GCGGGCUUCACGCGCACUUUAACUGACACGCCACAGGAAACAAACAGACGCGGGAUAAUCCUCCUCUCCGUCCUCUUCCUCAAGUUUCUGCGUGCAGCUUCUCCUCGCAUCAGAGGAAGAAGUCCGAGGAAGCGUCUCGGUUUCCGUCUCUCUGCGUCUGGGGAACUUCUUUUCCAGUCUCGGGUUAGUUUGGACCGUCAGGUCGUAGUUUAGAGUCCGGAGCUGCGGCUCGGUUAACGGGCUCUGUGCGGAGCCGCGGACCGGUCGACUUCACCCGGCAGAGACUGGAGGAAACACUCGGGACCUUUUUGUGUCGCAGACCGUCGCGCCAUGUGAGGAGUUAAAAAAAAAACAAGUGUAUUACUUUUCUACAGCGACACUUGGAGCCAGCAGGAUUGAAAAGUGCAAAACUGUGAGCAGCUGGAAGUCAAUCAAAGGAGCCAGAAGAGAAAACGUUUGUGGAAAAAGAGGGGAAACCAAAAAAUAAAACAGCCAAGAUGGGGAGAAAAAAGAUUCAGAUAGCACGGAUUAUGGACGAACGGAACAGACAUGUGACCUUCACCAAGCGCAAGUUCGGUCUGAUGAAGAAAGCGUACGAGCUGAGCGUGUUGUGUGACUGUGAGAUCGCCCUCAUCAUCUUCAACAGCACCAACAAGCUGUUUCAGUACGCCAGCACCGACAUGGACAAAGUUCUGCUCAAAUACACCGAAUACAACGAGCCCCACGAGAGCAGGACCAACUCCGACAUCGUGGACACGCUGCGUAAGAAAGGUUUAAACGGCUGCGACAGCCCCGACAUCGAGGCGGACGACUCUGCUGGCCAGAGCCCAGAGUCAGACGACAAAUACCGCAAAAUCAACGAAGACAUCGACCUGAUGAUCAACAGACAGAGAAUCUGUCAGGGUCUGCCGCCCUCCAACUACGAUAUGGGGGUGUCCAUCCCAGACAGUAAUCCCAGUGGACUGCUGUACUCCCACCCCGGCAUUGGCUGCAGUCUGGGAAACCACAACCUGCUGCCCAUCUCACACACACACCUGCAGAGAAACAGCAUGUCCCCUCAGAGGCCCUCCAGCACUGGAAAUGCAGGACUGAUGGGUUCAGAGCUGCCGAGCACCAUGGUCUCCAGCGUCGGAAACGGCAGCUACAGCAACCACUGCACCUCCCCCGGGCUGCUGUCCCCCGGAGGCGUUUCCAAAAACAUGCAGGAUAAGAGUCCUCCUCCAAUGAGCAUGAGCCGUAAGCCGGACCUCCGGACUCUGAUGCCCCCCUCUAACAAGUGCAACAACAUGCCAACCAUUAACCAGAGAAUAAAUCACUCUCAGACGGCUCAGACGCUGUCCACUCCUGCUGUGUCCAUCGCUGCUCAGACUCUACCUGGACAGGGGAUGGGCGGGUAUCCGUCCUCCCUCUCCUCUUCUUAUGGCACAGAGUUCUCCCUCGGCAGCGACCUGUCCUCUCUGUCUGGGUUUGGAGGUUCUGGUCUUGGAUCAGUAACAAGCUGGCAACAACAGCAGAUGCAGAAUCUGCAGCACUCAGCACUCGGACACAUGGGGAACUUGUGUCAGACCUCAAACCUAAACCUCCCCUCCGGUCAUCAGCACCUCCACAUCAAGUCCGAGCCGGCCUCCCCUCCCAGAGACCGGAGCGUCGGCAUGCUCGGCACGGGACUCGGAGGAGGCUUGACCACAGCCGUCUACUCCACCACCGGCCGGGGCCACAACGAACCGGGCCGCUCCCCCGGCGACAGCGCGUCCAGCUGCGGGAGCUCGUAUGAAGGCAGCGAGGAGCGCGAGGAUCACCACGGGAACGACAACUUCCUCCUCCGACCUCUGUCCAGUCAGGAGGAGCACCACAGCCCGUCAGUAAAACGGAUGAGGCUAUCGGAGGGCUGGGCCACAUGAUGGGAGCCGGUCUACAGCCAGAGGGGAGGGGAAGUUACCUUAUAGUAUUAUUAUUAUUAUAUUCUUCUUGUACUGAGUGGGUGUGCUAAAUGUGUAAUGGUAACAUGUACGUGGGGGGUGGGGGGGCAGAGUCAGAUGGUGUCAGUCAGUUUAUAUGGAUACAGUGAUGCUCUGCUGUAUUUACAUCAUGUACUGUAGCUAGACUUUCUGCAGAGGAGUGACUCCUGGGACAUCAGGCAAGUUUAUCAAACUUCUAAGAAUUACACAAGUUCUUCGCUGAAAAUGAAGCGCAGAAACAUUUAUAGAGCGACUUCCUUCUACUCACAGCAUUAAUAUAUUACAUGUAUUCACAGAGCAGUGACAGCCAAUCAGAGACAAGGACUUGCCCUACAUAUGCCACAUUGUUCAAAACAAAAAUCUGCAAAAACAUAUUCAAAGUUAGUUUUACUUACUCUAGUAGGAAUUAACACAAGAAAAAGUAUCAAUCUGAUAUAUUUAUAAUAUGUAAUAAGCAUUAAAUAAGAAAUUGGCUGAAAUGGAAACAAAAAGAAAAGCGAACUGGAGCAGGAACAUCAGAGAAAUCAGAAAACAAGGAGAAUUUAGUGUCACAAUGAAGAUGAAUAGAAAGUGAUUGCAAUCAAAAUCACUGCUGGCUAUCUUCUUUUAUUGCACCUCUGACGAAUGAAAAAUGUGGUUUAACAUCCUAUCAAAUGUUCAAAUCACCUCCAAACAGUCCUGCAGGCUAAAACUGCCCUUUUCUGGAAUAUACACAUUGUUUCUUAUUACUCAUCGUGAUUAUAUUUAGGUUUUAGUUACAUUUUUUACUCAUUAGCUUCAAAGAUAACUAGCUUUUAUUCUUACGUCUGAGUUGGGGGUAAAAGUGGAGGACUUUUACAUUUAUCUUUCACUUAAGUCCGAAAUGUCACUUUUAGCAGUUUGAUAAAUCGCGCUCCAGGAUCUGAGACGAGACGAACAUUUACUAAAGCGGCUGGAGAGUUUGUCGGUGUACAUGUACUGCUUGUUUUGUGUGUGUGUUCGGGGGGGGGGGAUAAGUAAAUAACAAAUGUUACAUGCACAUUCACGUAUGUGCACAUGUAUGCAAACUAACAAAAAAGGUAAAAAGUGAAGAAGUCUGGUACUCUGAACAGUGAAGCUACUGGCGAGUUUAAUAACGUGGAUCAUUUGAGCCAUGAGAGCAGGCGUGCUGGAGGUGGACCGCUCAGUCCACCGCCGCACAUGCCGUGUUGCAGGUUCAACAUAUUUGCGCACAUUAAAAUAUAUAAAAACACAUUUAUAUAUGAAUGUAUGGAAGGUAAAGCGUGGCAAAUGAAAGAGAGAGUAAGUACAGUAAGAGGAAGAUGGAGCUCUGGUGAGAGAAAAGAGAAAUGGCGACCGAGGAGGUUUUAGUGUGAGUGAUAGUUAUUUGCAACAGGUUGCAUAGAAAAGCUUUGGAUUUCAAAUUUCACUUGAUGUGAAGACGCUUAUCAGAGUUAGUGAAUCAUUUUCAGAGCUGUGUUAGCAAAAACGCAAUCCUGAUACACAAAACUAUGGAAGCAAAGGAAAAGCUGUGAGGAUUUGAAUAUCUGUUAAUACCGAAUAACUAAAAAUGAACCACUACUGAAUACUCCCCCCAUCUCUUUUACAACCACUAUAAAAAGAUGCGAUAUGUGCACAGAGACAUUCACAUACACAAAUAAACAUUAAUUAAAUAUAAACAGCCUGUGCAGGAGAGGUGGGAAGCUGAAAGUUUAAGUCCUAAAAACGCAAGAUAAAAAAUUACAAAACAAAGAAAAAAAUCUUAAACAUUAGUAACUUCUCUUAUUUUCUUUAACAUUUUUUUUAAAAUCAUUUUGAUUCUUUUUUUUUUAUUUAAAAAAAGCGCCUCUCUUUAAAAUUUAGGAAAUUUAAAUACUACAUCUAUCUGAAUUUGAGUUUAUUUCAAGUUGCGCAAUUUCAAAAACAUUAAUUUUGGGUCACAAUUUCAGAUUCUUGAAAAGUUUCCAAUAUUUAAACUAUUUAAAAAUUAAGUUGCUCAAACUGAUUUCCCGUCAGACGCUAAAAUCCAAACAUAAGUCUGUGCUUCUGUCAGUCAAAUCAUCCGAGAAAGAAGUUCAGGUGAGCGACUGAAAGCUCAGGGCACUUUGUGUGAACCCGGUAAAACAAAAACCUAGUUUAUAAAUUUCAGAGGGGGGUUAUCAAACCACAUAGAUGGCUUUUAAAUUAGGAUAUUUCAAUGUAGUUUUAAUUUAAACAUUAAGUAUUCAGUAGUGGUUACAUGUCACAAUUAGCUGAUUAAAAGAAAUAUAAUUAUUAUGGCCUGUAUUUGCUUCCGUACAACACAUCCUGCGUUAAUUUCCUAUAAAACAAACUAAGCAUCCGUGGUUUUAUGUAUCAAACACCAGAGAGAAGUCGCAUCCAAACUUGAAUGAUAAAUAAACUUCGCUCAUGACCUUGUUACGCACAGAGAGAGCUAGCAUGUGCUAAUAGCUUUGCAGGAGUUAGUAGAGUGAGGAUCGCACUCCAUAAAAGCCAUAUCCAACAGGACAGUGAUGCUUUGCUGCACAAAGUUUAUAGUGUUAUGUUUUUGAAAAAGAUUAUUUCUUCCUUAUUAUAUCAAAUUGAUAUUGUGGGAUGUCUGCAGCUCUAUUUAAUAAAGAUAACAGUAAUAUAAAAAGACAGGAAACACAGCUGCACGUCAUUUUCUAUUAAACAUUCAGGGAGAUUUUAAGUCAGUUUUAAGCUAAAAAAACUAAAUUCACCUUUAAAAGUUCAGCUGGUGUCAGAGCCGACGUUACGUCACAGUGACAAUCUCACAGAGCACAAAGGAAACGGCUUUCCACUCGGCACAACGCGCAUGACGAAGUUUCAAAAGCAGUCACUUUAAUAAAAUAUAAAGUAUUUGCAGUGGUGGAAUAAGUACUCAGAUCAUUUACUUAAGUAAAACUGCCAAUAUAACAAAUGUAAAAAUAAUCCAUUACACGUCCUUCAUUCAAAAUCUUAAGUAAGGAAGUGUUAUCAGCUAAAAGUACUCAUUCUGCAGUAAAAUGUCCCUGCGCCUGAUAUAUUUUUCGAUAUAACAUAAUCGGAUUGUCAGUCAUUGAGCUAGUUUAGUCAGUCACCAGAUAAAUCUGAGGCGUCGUGAGAUGAUUCAUGGGAGAGGAAAGAAGAAGAAAUUAAGUUUCUUUUUACUUUUCUCUAAUAUUUCUAAUAUUAAGUAUCGUAAAAUGGAAAGACUCAAGUACCUCGAAGUUGUACUUAAGUAUGGGACUUGAUUAAAUGUAUUUAGUUACUUUCCACCACUGUAUAUUUGUGCUGUAACUCUACAAGGACAUUCUGAAUAAUCUGUGCCUUGUACCUUAGACUGGGUCUGACACCCGCCACAAUAAGAGGCUGAACAGAGUAGCUGAAGGACUGCUGACUGAUACCCACAGUUUUUUAUUUUAAAAAGAGACAGAGAGGUGGCUGGGGGUUGUUCACAUUUGAAUAUUUUGGUUUAAAAACUGUAUAUUUGGAGCUCAAACCCUCAGCCACAGUCCCCUGUCUGUAUGGGCCCCAUUUGCUGUAAAUCCAGCGACUAAAUUCACUAAUCAAAAUCCCCGUAGCUGCACUAGUUAAAAAGGCACUGCCGUUUAGUUACAGAGUGAUGUCUGUUGAAAAGGGCAGAGCCCAGAUGUGUUUUCUUCUGCACUCCUUUUCUUUAAUGAUGACCGUGUUGUCUCCGGGUUGGUCGGCUUCCAGCUCGGAUUUACUGCACCGCGGCCGGCUCAUCGGUAGAGCAAAGCUGAAGGACAGGAGAGCCAGGAGCUCGUCCUCAGGCUGCGGGUGGAGUCGACUGUGUGCGGGUGGAGGUGGGAGGUGGAGUGUAAACUAACCUAAGUGUGAAAUACCCUGUUUUAUUUGUGUUUUUGGUUUGAUUCUUUAAUUAGUAACUGCCUGAACUUUGUCAAAUCUGUCAUCUACUUGUACCUCAAAUGCCCUGAAGAAAUUAUUUUAUUCGUAUUUGAAUGUCCUCUGUACUGUAAAUGUACACUUUGGGCUGCAGUUCCCCCUCUUUACAUGCACUAGUGCUUCUAAUAACCACCAGUUAAAUAUUCUAAAGAGAUUGUUAGCGGCAUAAGCUGGCCUUUGUCGCCACUUGGAGACAAUGUUUCUCAGAAGAAAAAUAAAGUGCAGCUCUGUUGUCGCAGUCAGAGAUCAUGUACAGCAGUUCCCUCACUCAGAAAUGUGGUAGUAUUUGUAUUUUGCAGAAAAAUAUAUAAAAAUAUACAGGCUCUGUUA